AUGGCGUCGCCGCGCCUCAUCAACUACGCAAUCGACUACGCGGACGCGGACCGCGUGCGGGCCACGCUGCAGAAGCUGUGCGCGAGCUCCGGUGAGGCCAGGGCCCUCGUCGAGGCCGAGUUGCUGCGCGUCGCGGAUUUCGACGGCGACGAGGAAGUCACGGGCAAGUUGGCCGAUGCCGGCGCCGACGCUGAGUCGAAGAAGCGCGAGCGCAAUAUUGAGAGCGUGCACGUGGUGCGCUAUGCCAAGUGCCAGCAGUGCGAAAAGGAGUUUGAUACUGCCGAUAACAAAGAUGGAGACUGCGUUUUCCAUACUGAGCUGCUUUAUUGCGAUGAGGACAGCCCUGAAUGGAUCGAUUGGGACCCGAGAUGUCAUGGUCCGUAUGACACCGAGAUAAAUCGGAAAAGUUUCCCUAAAGGAUUCAAAUGGGACUGUUGCGAGAAAUUUGGCAAUGCAGAGGGUUGCGAAAAGAGUCGGCACGUAGCGGAUACGCAUUAUGUAUGGGGGACGCUGCCGAAGAAAGCCAAACAUUGA